AUGAGCAAACCAGAUCCAGUAUCCCAUCUUUCCCCUCAAAUAAGCGGCCUGGAUACGCAUAUCCACCGUCGCCGGGGUUCUUCUGUUGGAGAAAUAAACAUUGGUGAUACAGCUUCUCCAGGUCUUUCCACUAUGCAUACUUCGAAAAGACAGAGAAAGAUGUCUGAUGCAAGAAUUAUUGCUUUGAGUCGCGAAUCAAGUUCAGAUACUGCAAUAUUGAAGAAAAUUGUCAUUGCUUCCAGGGAGUUGUGUUAUAGACAUACUUGGAUAGUUCCACUCUUGGUAUUAAUUGCAUCAUACAGUACUUACUGGUUGUCUGGUGUCGAUACUCCAGUUCAUCGUUUCUUAGAAGCUUUAGUUGUUCCAUCCUACAAGAUUCCUGGAACUGAUCAAUAUGGAAAGGGUGAAAAUGACUUUUAUUUCGUUGGUUUCUACGCUAUAUUUUUUACUUUCUUAAGAGAGUUCGUAAUGGUGUGCGCCUUGAGACCUUUGGCACAUAUUUUGGGUGUUAAAAAGGAGGCUAAGGUAAAAAGAUUCAUGGAGCAGGCCUAUGCUAUCUUUUAUUACGGGAUAUCGGGUCCAGCCGGAUUAUGGAUAAUGUCAACUUUACCACUUUGGUUCUUUGAGAUUACUCCGUUCUAUGUUAACUAUCCGCACAAGACUCACGAUUUCUAUUUCAAGAUCUAUUAUUUAGGUCAAGCCGCUUUCUGGGUUCAACAGUCGGUUGUAUUGAUUUUACAAUUAGAAAAGCCUCGUAAGGAUUUCAAAGAAUUAGUGUUGCAUCACAUUAUCACUAUUGCAUUGAUUUGGUGUUCGUACAGAUUUCACUUCACUUGGAUGGGCUUAGAAAUAUUUGUUACUAUGGAUGUUUCUGAUUUCUUCUUAGCUACAUCGAAGACCUUGAACUACUUAGACUACGCCAUUGCUGGUCCAUUCUUCAUUGGUUUUGUCUUCAUUUGGAUUUACCUCAGGCACUACGUGAACAUCCGUAUCUUGUGGUCUGUUUUAACUGAAUUCAGAACUGUCGGUGAAUGGGAAUUAAACUGGGAUACGCAACAAUACAAGUGCUACAUUUCCCAACCAAUCGUCUUUUUCUUGAUUGGUGCAUUGCAGAUAGUUAACUUAUACUGGCUCUUCUUAAUCUUUCGUAUUCUUUGGAGAUACGCCGUUGGAGGUGUCGCAAAGGAUGAAAGAAGUGACGACGAAUCUGAAACUGAAGAAAGUAGUGAAGAAGAAUCCAAAAAGUACGAAUAA